AUGGGUUUCCAUGGUCGAGCAGCUGCAUCCAAGCCAUACAUCACCAAGUGCAAUGCAAAGUGUCGGAUGCAGUGGCGUAAAGCACGCUGCCACUGGACUCUAGAGCAGUGGAGCUUAGAGAUCAAGUGGCUGCAGGAUAAAAAUGAAGAGCUUUCACGGAGUCUUGGAGCACACCAGUGUUGUUCUCAUAAACAAGCAGAUGUCCUUCAAGACCUCACCGACAAGUUGUCCCAUGGAGACAAACUGGAUGAGGAGCUGGAGGCUGAAAAACGCUUUGAAAGAUCAGGUGAGAUUGCAGAAUGGGAAAAGAAAUUGACAGAACAAAGUCCUGGAGCCGUAAACCACAACUGGACAUUUAAGAACCAACAUUUACUGAAAAUCCCACCACCACUGCCAGAAAACAAACUUGACAUGGAACAAAAAUUAUUGAAUGAGUUAAUGACCAAGAAUGAAGAGUUAAGGGAGGAGGUGAAGACACUACAGAUUGAGAGGAAACUAUUUCUACAGGUUAAAGCGCUGCUGGAAAAGGAGUUGCACACUAUUCACAGAAUCAUCAGUUACCUGAUGAAUAAAUGUGCUCAUACUGUUGAUGCCAGGGUGGAGAUAAUGGAAUAACAGAAGACGCUGAAAGACAAAAACUCUAAAAAGAUGGCUCAAUACAAUAGAGAAAAAAUAAACUUGGGACAAACAAUCUCCUAUUACAGCGGUGCUGUGGCUUUCUUGAAAAUUAAAUAUGCUGCACACAUCAGCCAGGACACUGACCACAGAAAAGUGGAGAGGAAGUCCAAGAAGAAUGAAACUAAGGAGUGUGAACUGAAAGACAUGAAUGAGGUCAUCAACAAAAUCCUUGCAGAAACUGAGGAACAUAACCUCGACAAUCUAGUCAGGGACUCACUUUUUACAAAGUAAAAGAACUAUGUUCUAAAGACCUUCAACAACUCUCAGGAUGAUAAAGUUGAGACCAUUCAGAAACACAUCUCAUCGCUUCACAGUGAGAAGGAUGUGUUAGUAGCUGAGCAGCAGCAGCAACUCAAAACGAUUCAGGCUCAAAUUCUGAACGUUUCCAAUAAGCAAAAGGCUGCUGACCAACAACGGGAAGUUUAUGAACAACAAGGAAAAUUUAUUGAGAAGCUUUUAGAUCAGCUCAAACAAGGUCUCAAAUUGCUUGAAAUGUGCUACAAGAGCUCAGAGUUGGGCUCCCUCGAUAUUCAGAAUGAAAACGUCACACAGUACCUGGUGAUGAUUGAGGACAGAGUUGAGAUUUUCACUCUUCACCUUUACAAAAAACAAAGCCCUUGGUGGGACAUGGGCUCUGUCAGUGCUAUUGCUACGUUGAUUCUGGGAAUAAAACCUCGAAUGUUCAAAACAUCCACCACAGCAGUAAAACCAGUUCUUUGUGAUGAUCCAGAUCUCAGCCAUGAUCCAGAUUUGGUUGAGUCAGAGCUGCUGGAGGAAAAUGAGCCGUUGAGUAAAGAGGUUCUGCUGCCACUAAUCAGGAAAAGGAGCUACUGA